UGGCCUGUGGAGAGGCUGUUUCCUGAGUAGCUAACGUUAAUCGUGUGUUUAAUGUGAAAUGGCACGGUAUCUGAGGCCUCCAAACACCUCUCUCUUUAUCAGGAACAUAUCUGAUGAAAGCAGGCCAGAGGAUUUGCGUCGUGAGUUUGGUCGUUAUGGGCCUAUUGUAGAUGUCUACAUUCCAGUUGACUUCUAUUCUCGUCGACCAAGAGGAUUUGCAUACAUUCAGUUCGAGGAUGUCCGCGACGCUGAGGACGCCCUUCACAACCUGGACCGCAAAUGGGUGUGUGGGCGGCAGAUUGAGAUCCAGUUCGCACAAGGAGAUAGGAAGACCCCCAGUCAGAUGAGGUGCAAAGAGAGGCGCUCGCCCCGCAGCUUCUCCAGAUAUGACGAGUGUGAGCGUGACGGGCACUACCGGCGUUCGCGGAGCCGCAGCUACGACAGGCACCGCUCCCGCAGCACGUCCUACGAGCGCAGGCCUCGGCGCUCUGACAGCCCCAGAGACUCCCGCUCUUAUGGAAGACACAGGCGAAGCAGGAGCCGUGAGAAUGACAGGUUCAGGUACCCACGCGAGCACGGCCGGGCGCAGCGAGCCGGAGCUUCCCGAAGCCGUUCUUCCUCCCCCUCCCCCGACUCCAGGUUCAAGGUCAAAGGCAGGCGCUCGCGCUCACAGUCGCGUUCGCCCCACCCCCCUGCAGAGGACCUGACCCCCUGCACCAGUGCACGUGAAGAGGAGGCACACGCCAGGUCGCCCUCUCGCUCGGGUUCACACUCGCUGUCCCGCUCCCGCUCCCGCUCCAGGUCCUGGGCCGGCCGCAAAUCGGGCGGCCACUAGAACUGGUGAUACCCCUGCCGGCAGACCAUUUCUGGGAGAAUUAAGAGGAUGCUUUAUGCUCUGGCUCUUCAACUCUUCGUACAGCUCUCUGGCUAACGUAACAUUUUUGUUCAAUUAGUCAUAUAAAACGGUUGCUUCUAUUUAGUUCACUUAGGUCUUUUUUGUGCAGAUUCUGUUGUGAAAUGCUGGGUCUUUCGUGAAUAGUUACCUGGCAGUAGACGCCAGGUGUAGUGGGCUGACCUGCACUAAACAGUUCAGUGUUUUCCUCUUAUCUGUCUCUUCUGAAGUCCUGGUUUGGGGGGGAAGGCUGCUGGGUAAAUUUGUUAAAUAACCAGGAAAAAAAAAAUGUAACAAAAUGGUUACAUUUUGUUACAUUCAGUUUUUUGGGGGGGGGGUGGUUUUUUUUGGCCACAUUUAGAUCAAAUAAAUGGAGAGCAGUAUUUUUGUUUGUACAGAUUUUGACUAGUGUAAGGCAUUUUUUGCAUUGUAGAAUUUCUUUAAUCUGGAAUUAACACUCAUGUUUGCCAUGCCAUUCAUAGUUCACUCACCAAAUGUGAUUGCCAGACUGUUGUCCCCCAAGAUGAAACUGAGGUUUUAAUUUUUUAAGUUCCCAAAACUUAUAUUGUGUACAUUUAAGCAGUGUUUAAUUUGAGUCUAACUUCAUUUUACAUGUUUUCUCCACUCUGAUCUGAUGUCUCUGAAGUAUUUUGGUUGUCUUAAAACAAAAAAAAAAAAAAAGCUGUUCCCUUGGUUAAUAAAGAGUCUGUAUUUUCCAA